GGCUCAACAGUAAAGCCUGGAUCUGUCAGAGAAUUUCAGAGAACAGAGGAUACGAGGCGAUAUUUACAUCAAAACAGGUGCCUCACACAGAUCCCGAGCUGCACCGCAGGCACAUCGAGCGCACCCGCCGGGAGGCCCAGCUGGCAGCACUUCAGUAUGAGGAGGAGAGGAUGAGAACAAAACAGAUUCAGAGAGAAGCUGUCCUGGACUUUGUUAAGCAAAAAGCAUCUUUAAGUCCUCAGAAGCAAAGUCCUCUGGAUAGUGAGAGUGAUGACAGAUCUACCAUCUCCCCCGGCUCACCUACCACUCAAACAGUCCACCUUUCCCCUCCACAUCCUGGCCAUGCAGCCCUGCCUUCCUAUAGAAACCCUUCCCAGCGACCUGAGAGUUUCCUUUUCCGAGCAGCUGUCAGGGAUGAAGCGAACAAAGCUGUUACUUCAUCUUCUACCCGUGCCUUGUCUCCUGCUAAUGAUUCUGCAGACCCUAGAGUAAGACAAAACUCCAAACAGCGACAGGAGGAGCUGGAGCUGAUAGAGCAGCUGCGUAAGAACAUCGAGUCGCGGUUGAAGGUGUCGUUGCCCAGCGAUCUCGGAGCAGCUCUCACUGACGGUGUUGUUCUGUGCCAUUUAGCUAAUCACGUGCGUCCCCGAUCUGUUCCCAGCAUUCAUGUCCCCUCACCUGCUGUUCCUAAACUUACAAUGGCAAAAUGCAGACGGAACGUGGAGAAUUUCCUGGACGCUUGUAGGAGGAUUGGAGUGCCUCAGGAGCAAUUAUGUUUGCCUCUCCAUAUUUUAGAAGAGAAGGGUUUGACACAGGUAGCUGUGACUGUCCAGGCGCUCCUGGAGCUGGCACCCCCAAAGCAGCAGCAACUUCACCACUUGUCUGCUGUGUAA